CAGACAGAACACUGAAAAUUGUUUUCCCCGUUCUCAGUGUUUUUUCAAACGCGGGGCAUUACGCAAACAGAGGGAGAUUUAUUGGAGAAGAGAUCUUUUCAAUGGCUUCUUCUUCCACUUCGCUGACAUCCUGCGCCCUGUGCCAGGCUAGAGCCUCCCAGUUGUGUGCCGCCUGCAGGAAUGUGGUCUAUUGCAGUCGGGAGCACCAGAAGGAACACUGGAAGAAGGGUCACAAAUUGGAAUGCAAGUGCUACGAGGUGGCCACCAAUGAGAUUUUGGGCAGGCAUUUGCGAGCCACCAGGGAUAUCAAAAUUGGCGAGCAAAUCCUGAAGGAGGCUCCACUGGUUCUGGGUCCCAAGGUUGCCUCUGCAGCCCUGUGUCUGGGUUGUCACAGGAAUCUCUUAGCUCCUGGUGGUCAAAAAGGCAACUACUACAAGUGCAGCUCCUGCAGUUGGCCUCUGUGCGGUAAGGAGUGUGAGAACUCCCCCCAUCAUCAACCUGAAUGCCAGCUCAUGAAGGGCAGCAACUUUCAGUCCAAAAUUAACUAUACACCAGGAGAGGAGGAGCGCAAGGAGUCUGCUUACUGCGUGAUUAUGCUGCUACGUUGCAUGCAACUCAAGAGCAGGGAUCCCGAGGGUUUUGCAAGACUCUCCGCCCUGGAAGAUCACCUCAGGGAGCGGCUGGAAACUCCCCUGUAUCAGGUGCUACGAGCCAACCUUAUAACCUUUAUCAAGACUGUACUGGGAAUGAGGGACUGGUCGGAGCUGGAUAUCCUACGCAUUGCGGCUAUUUUGGACACCAACACCUUCGAAAUAAGACAGCCCCGGGAGAGGAGGAAGAUUCGUGCCCUCUUCCCGGGAGCGGCUAUGAUCUCGCACGACUGUGUGCCUAAUAUGAGGCAUCGCUUCGACGAUGAACUCAACAUAGUGUUUCUGGCCAAAAGGAAAAUAGCCAAGGGUGAGAUCUUAAGCAUAUCCUAUACCCAGCCGCUGAGGAGCACCAUUCAGCGAAGGGUACACCUGAGGCAGGCCAAGUGCUUCGAUUGCUCCUGUGCCAGGUGUCGGGAUCCCGAGGAGCUGGGCAGCUUUGCCGGGGCACAAACGUGUAUAAAAUGCAAGGCAGGAAAGAUCAUAUCCUUGAAUCCUUUACAAAAUGCGGCCAAUUGGAAGUGCCAGCUGUGUAAUGUCAAGAGGUCAGCCAAGGAGGUGCUAACUGUGGAUAAUCAACUGCAACAGGAACUGGAAUCCCUGGACAAGACCACCCCUGUAUCUCUGGAGGAUUUCAUUUACCGCCAUCGUGCGGAUCUCCAUGAAACCAAUACCCAUAUCCUGCAAGCCAAAUAUGCUCUUACUCAGCUGUAUGGUAGUGCUCCAGGAUACGCCAUGGAGGAUUUAUCGGAAGAAUCACUCACCAGAAAAGUCCAACUCUGCGAGGAGCUCCUUAAGCUAGCCGACAUUUUCGAUGGUGGCUGGAGUAUAUUUCGUGGCAAUCUUCUCAUUGAUAUGGAGGAAGCUCUAGUGGCCCAGGCGCUACGCUUGGAGGAGCCCCAGGAAGUCGAGGAGAAGCUCAGACAGGCAGCAGAAAUGCUAAGGGAAAUCAGAAAUAUUAUGAAACAUGAACCGGAAAUGCAACAAGUACUUGUAGAACGUCAAGUAAUAUUGAAUUCGGCUCUAGAACGCUUUGAAGAAGUCAAGGAUUAGAAAUAAAGACAAUUUUUUCUAUUGUUUGCUAAAAA